AUGGACUACGUGAAGGCAAGUUCAGAGGUUGAUAGUCCUCGCAAGUAUUCAGAGUUCUCGGCCAUAGACGGUCAGGAUUGGGCUACAGCUCACAAGUUCCAAACCAUGGAUGAAUCCGACGCAUAUGUUGAGAACCCCGAGGAGGUCCAACCGCUCAAAAUUCCUGCCGUUGACGAUGCUACUCACCAGGAGGCUCGUGCUGCCGGGUGGUGUGAACCCACUCCUUACAACUAUGAGCAGUUGGCGGCCAAGGACGGUCACGAGUGGGCUUCGACAGCCGCUCGCUAUGAAUGGAAGGGCGAGUAUGAUGAGUCUGCUAUCGGGCCCCGUAAUGAAGAGCUGGAGAAGAUGCUUUUUGACAGCGACCUGAUUGCUCGUGCCGGCACUCGCGUGGGCGAAUUGACUGACAGCUUGGCUGUGGUCUGUGAAAGCGAGGAGCCCGUAACCGCAGUCAAAGAGUGGAACGAUGCAGGACUGCACCCCAUAAUGCGAGAGAAUGUGCGGCUAUGUCUUUAUGACAAGCCGACUGCCAUCCAGGCUUUCGCUUUGCCUGCUAUCCACCGUGGCAAGGAUCUAAUUGGUAUUGCGCACACGGGAUCCGGUAAAACUGGAGCUUUCCUGAUCCCCAUUCUGUCAGAUUUGAUGGGAAAGGCCAAGAAGCUGGCCGCUGCAAGACCCAAUCUUGCCGAGGAAUUCAUUCCUUCGGUUCACGGUGUUACCGCUGAGCCACUUGUUAUGAUUGUCUGCCCCACUCGGGAGCUGGCUACUCAGAUCUUUGACGAGACACGUCGUCUGUGUUAUCGAUCUAUGCUCCGCCCAUGCGUUGCGUAUGGAGGAGCGCCUGUCCAUCUUCAACGGGAGGAGCUUAUGAAGGGGUGCGACAUCCUCAUUGGAAGCCCCGGUCGUAUUAUCGACUUCAUGGGUCAACCCCGUGUUUUGUCCCUCCGCCGUGUGAGAUACACCGUUAUCGACGAGGCUGAUGAGCUUCUUCACUUUGACUGGGAGGAGGACUUCAAGAAAAUCAUGUCCGGUGGAGACAUGAAUGAAGACGAGGAUCACCGCUACAUGAUGUUCUCGGCUACUUUCGAUAAGGAAUGUCGUCGGCUUGCGCGUACUUACCUCAUGAAGGAUUACAUUCGUGUUCGCGUUGGCCGCCCCGGCAGCUCGCACCUGAUGGUUACCCAACGGGUGCACAAGGUGGAAGAUAAUGAGAAAAAGAACGCACUCUACAACACCAUUAUCAACCACAUGCCCACUCGUACUUUGGUUUUCGUCAACAGCAAGGCUCAAGUCGACUUUGUCGACGACUACCUCUACAACCGGGGUCUGCCGUGCACCUCUAUCCACGGAGACCGUACUCAGCGUGAGCGCGAGGACGCCAUCCGCGCCUUCCGUAAUGCACUGUGCCCCAUUCUGGUUGCUACUGGUAUCUCUGCCAGAGGCCUUGAUAUUGCUAACGUGAUGCACGUUAUCAAUUACGACCUUCCCAAGGCGCAACAUGGUGGUAUCACUGAGUACAUCCACCGCAUUGGCCGUACUGCCCGUAUCGGUAAUGAGGGAAUUGCAACUUCCUUCUACAACUAUCGUGACGAGGACCUCGCUACUGACCUCGUCAAGAUUCUUAUGGAGACUACUCAGGAUAUUCCUGAUUUCCUGGAAGAAUUCCGUCCCGGCGAAGAUACGGUCACCUUUGACGACGACACUGAUAAUGAGGACGGCGAUGAUGACAAGGAUAGUGAUGAUGACAAGGCGGCAUUUUCGGGGGACGACUCCAAGCCCGACUCUGCUAAUGAAAACCGCCAAUCUCACUGGGCCCCCCAAGAGGCCAAGAAGGAAGAAGAAAUUGAGCCCGACUGGUAG